GGCACAGCGCGCCUGCGCAGAGGCGAGCAGCCGCCGGUUGGUGGCUGGUGCUCCGCAGUGGGGAAGAGGCGGCGGCGGCCGGUCCCAGCAGCGCAGCGGUCGCAGGCCGGCGGGGAGCACCCAGCGCAGUCAUGUCUGUGGUCGGCAUCGACCUCGGCUUCCUGAACUGCUACAUCGGCGUGGCGCGGAGCGGCGGCAUCGAGACCAUCGCCAACGAGUACAGCGACCGCUGCACCCCAGCAUGUAUAUCUCUAGGAUCCAAGACACGGGCCAUUGGGAAUGCAGCAAAGAGCCAGAUUGUUACAAAUGUAAAAAAUACAUUGCAUGGCUUCAAAAAGCUGCAUGGAAGAGCAUUUGAGGAUUCUUACAUACAAGCUGAAAGGGCCAAACUUCCCUACGAACUUCAGAAGAUGCCGAAUGGCUCUGUAGGAGUAAAGGUGAGGUACCUGGAUGAAGAGAGACUGUUUGCAGUGGAACAAAUUACAGGAAUGUUACUGGCCAAACUUAAAGAGACUUCAGAAAGUGCUCUGAAGAAACCAGUGGCAGACUGUGUUAUUUCAGUACCAAGUUUUUUCACUGACGCGGAGAGAAGGUCUGUAAUGGCAGCUGCUCAGAUUGCAGGAUUAAAUUGUCUGAAGCUAAUGAAUGAAACUACAGCAGUUGCACUAGCCUAUGGGAUAUACAAGCAAGAUCUUCCAGCCUUGGAAGAGAAGCCAAGGAAUGUGGUCUUUGUAGAUAUGGGGCAUUCUGCGUAUCAGGUUUCAAUCUGUGCUUUUAACAAGGGAAAACUGAAGGUCUUAGCUACUACCUUUGACCCUUUCUUAGGCGGCAGGAAUUUUGAUGAGGCUUUGGUAGACUACUUCUCUGAAGAAUUUAGGACAAAAUACAAACUGAAUGUAAAAGAGAAUCCCCGAGCGCUGCUCAGAUUGUAUCAGGAAUGUGAAAAACUAAAGAAGCUUAUGAGUGCAAAUGCUUCUGACCUUCCACUGAAUAUAGAGUGCUUCAUGAAUGACCUUGAUGUCUCCAGUAAGAUGAACAGAGCUCAGUUUGAGCAGUUGUGUGCUGCCCUUCUGUCCAGAGUGGAGCCUCCUCUAAGAGCAGCCAUGGAACAAGCUAAACUUCAGCGGGAAGAUAUCUACAGUAUAGAAAUAGUCGGUGGGGCUACUAGAAUUCCAGCAGUGAAGGAACAGAUCUCUAGCUUUUUCUGUAAAGAAAUAAGCACCACACUAAAUGCUGACGAAGCUGUUGCAAGAGGCUGUGCCUUGCAGUGUGCAAUUCUUUCCCCAGCUUUUAAAGUGCGGGAAUUUUCCAUCACUGAUGUUGUUCCAUAUUCCAUUACAUUGAGAUGGAAAUCAUCUUAUGAAGAAGGAACAGGGGAAUGUGAAGUCUUCAGUAAGAACCAUGCUGCUCCAUUCUCAAAAGUAAUUACUUUUCACAAGAAAGAGCCUUUUGACCUGGAAGCUUUCUACACCCAUCCUCAUGAAGUGCCUUAUCCUGAUUCCAGAAUAGGGCGUUUCACUAUUCAAAAUGUUGGUCCCCAGCACGAUGGCGACAACUCCAAAGUGAAGGUUAAAGUGCGUGUCAAUAUUCAUGGCCUUUUCAGCGUGGCUAAUGCUUCUAUAAUAGAAAAGCAGAACAUUGACGGAGAUCACAAUGACGCAGCGAUGGAUACUGAGUCAUCAAGUAAGAACCAAGGCAGAGAAGAUGAGCUGGAUAAAAUGCAGGUUGAUCAAGAUGAAGGUGUUCAGAAAAGUCAGGCUGAACAGCAGAGCCAAGCAGACGAGGAAGCCGAAAAUACAGGAAUUGAAACAAAGGCUUCUUCUGGAGACAAGCAAGAUCAUCCAACCCUGCCAAGGGCUAAAACAAAAGUUAAGAGUAUUGACCUACCUAUCCAGGCAAGCCUCUAUAGGCAACUGGGACAAGAUCUUAUCAACUGUUAUAUAGAAAAUGAGGGGAAAAUGAUGAUGCAAGACAAGCUUGAGAAAGAAAGGAAUGAUGCUAAGAAUGCUGUUGAAGAAUAUGUGUAUGACUUCAGAGACAAACUAUGUGGAGUCUUUGAGAAAUUCAUCACUGAAGAAGAUACAAACAAGCUGACCUUGAUGUUGGAAGACACAGAAAACUGGCUUUAUGAAGAUGGAGAGGACCAGCCAAAGCAAGUGUACAUGGAUAAGCUUCAGGAGCUAAGAAAAUUUGGACAGCCUAUUCAGGAAAGAUACAUGGAACAUGAAGAGAGACCAAAAGUUUUAAAUGAACUGGGGAAGAAGAUUCAGCUCCUUAUGAAAGCAGUAGAAGCAUACAAAAAUAAGGAUGAAAAAUAUGAUCACCUAGAUCCUGCUGAGAUGGAAAAAGUUGAAAAAUACAUCAGUGAGGCUAUGAACUGGUUGAACACCAAAAUGAAUGCACAGAACAAACUAAGUCUAACUCAAGAUCCCGUUGUCAAAGUGGCAGAAAUAAUAUCAAAAUCAAAGGAGUUGGAUAGCUUCUGUAAUCCUAUUAUAUACAAGCCCAAACCGAAGAUAGAACCUCCCAAUGAUGGGCAGUCAAAAGCUAAUGGUGAACAUAAUGGACCAGUGAAUGGACAGAGCAGUACUGAAACAGGACCUGAUCCAGCGAAGGACAAUUCUCAGCAGACCAAACCAUCUGGAGAAAUGGAAGUGGACUAAAUCUUGCAUUUCUGUUACUUAAAAUAGUGCACAGGGUCCAUUCUUUUGGUACACACCUCAGAUGUUCAGUUAUUCUUAGCCAACCUUCUGUCAUUUGUUGCUGAGUAGUUUUGGAAGUGUUUCAUAUUAAGUACACCUCUGAUGUUCAUUUCCACUGAUGCUGCUUAUGUGGAGCUUUAGCCAAAUGUAGAUUGUAUAAGUCAGUUUAAGCUUUCCCAAUAUAUUUUAUAUCAAAACAUACAGAAUUGAUAUAUAAAUGGCAACAAUCUACCUUAUUUAAAGCUUUUAUUGUGGAUAAACCUCAGCUCCUUUAUUCAGGAAAGGAUACUGUAUUGCACUACUGAUGCUCAAGUGUAGAUCUAAUUGCAUCUUUAUUUUGGAAAAAUAUUGGAAUUGAAGUGGCAACACUUGUCACUUGAAGCACUGACCUUUUCUAGUUAUUGUAUUGUUAUAAUUUAAAUAUUAAAAUAGAGGUUAGUUGGCAUACUAGUCCAUCUUGUUGAUGUACCAUGAAAAUUGUAUGGUCUCUUUCAUAUAAACUAAUACAAGCAUAAACAUUUUUUUUUUUAGGUUCCCAUACCACUAACAAUCUUAGUUAGAAAAUACCAGCAUAAUGGCUCUGCCAUUUGCUGAAAUUAGGUGAAUGGUCUCAUUGCACAUUGCUGUACAUAAUGGACUGUGCUUAUAGGAUGAUGCUAAUGAUAAUAGUAUCAAGUGGUAGAAUAUACAAGGACUUGCGUAGCCUUCCCUUGAAAAUGUCUUGCUGCACAUGUUACAGUUUCCAUUUAGUUUGUUUUGAAUGAAAUCUACAUCUUGAUUGCAUAUCAUACUGGGGAUGAGAAACAGCAGAAAUUGUGCUGUGUGAGCUGGAUAUUGGCCUAACGUUGAAGUAGCUUAAAUGCUGUCUGUUGCAAACUUGAAACAAAUACUAAGCGCUUAUUUAAGCCAUGGUACCUGGCAUGUAAUCCUUUUGAUCAAGGAUCUAAACAAAAGAGUACGCAAACUGGAUAUUACUACUCUAAAGAUAAAAAUCUACUUGAUGAAUUUGCAUAGCUUAUCAGUUAUCCUUGCUCAUUUACUUGAUCUAAUGGAAGUGUCUAUUAUGUAUUAUACAGCUGAGUCACUAGUUCCUUUGAUCUGUCUUGGACAUCGUCAAGAUCCAGUGUACAUUCAUACAUACUGAAUGCUUCAAGCCAGUCAUGGUGGUACUGUGGUACUUGUGAAAACAAGCCACUUUUCUUUUGCUUUAAACAACUCUAUUACCAGAAUAGAAAUGGUCUACUUUAAGGAAAAUGGUUUAUUACCUGAUUUAGCAUAACUGACUGGGAUGAGUUGCAGUGUAACACUUCAGUGACUUGAACUCUAUUGCAGAAAUGGAUGUAGCUGUAGGGCAUCCCACGUAAGCUUGCUGCUGCUGUAAAAAAGCAAAGGUCACGCUCUUGCUUGCAGUUCUGGCAGCCAUUUUAUUUUCAGCUAUGUCCUAAUAUUCCACCACUGUUCCUGCUGUGGUCUCUGACUCAGUCUAUGGCUGAUAGAGGUGAGCUAUACUCGGCACCAUCUUCACAGAAAAAGGAGGCAUCAUAUACAGCUACUGAACUAACUCGGGCGCUAGAGUUGUACCUUCGUGAGUGAUGCAAGUGACUGAUAUGUAAACGGCUCCCCUAAUAGCUGUGUGUGGUCUGGCACCUUUUGUUUACAUAUUUGAAGCCUUUGAACAAAAAUCGAGUGGUGUUGAACUGUAGCUGCUCUGCAAUCGCAGUCUUGAUUUCCUCUGCUAUAAUUCACACAUUUUGGCACCAGAGUGGUGACUGUACUUCAGUGUCAGUUGUCCCCAGUGUAAGUCAGUACGUGACUGGGCAAGCUUUGGUCCUGUAGGCUUUAAUAUUAUGAAUACCUUAAUAGCUUCACCACAAUAAUGACUAGCAUUCUUAAGUACUGGCUUCCUAAAACUCAUCUGAACAUUGUUUUGUCAAGUAGACUUGCUGAUACCUGGCAGGUGAAGAGCUUAGACAGUGGGAAUCUCCAGUGUGAGCUCUCCAAUAACUGGAGAUGGAAAUGUUAUAUAUAAGAAAAAAAUCUUUAUUAUGCUUUUGAUGGUUAAAUGUUCAAUAUGGUAUUACAAGUUGUGGAAGCCUUCUUUAAGCAUGAAGGACAGAAUAAUUCUUACACAGCUGCUUAGUGUGUAAAGCUUAAAAGCAGGCAUAGUAAAGAGAGUCUUAGUAAGGUUUUCUUACAAAAAUAGUGACGUUUUUGGUGUGCAUCUGCUCUGUCUCUAGAUCCCUGUGGACCACCGCCUGCACUGAGCAGGUAGCAACAGGUUGCUGGUCACAAAGUAUGUGUUACAAAUCCCGUUUGUAAGGGCAAACUUGUUCUUACUACAGUGGAGGUAAAAUUAGCCUGUUAACGUAUGACUUGUUAAUCUGUAAUCUGCUUUCUGUUACGAAGAGAAAAACUUUACCAGGACACAGACAUAGGGUUCUCAACGACUUGAACCAUGCACAACUUGAACAAGAAGUUUUGCACACUGGACUCAAGUGAGUUACCUUGUGGCCACCCUGGCAGCUCCAGAAUGAAUAUCUUCCAGUGUAACACAAAUAACUGUGGUGACUGACAGUAGCAUGCUACUUUGCAUCUUAGAACAGCUGUUUGUUGCACACAUCUUUUUCCAUACUUAUUAAUCUUUUGAGGAGAAAACGUAUAUCUAAUGUUUGAAAAUGUUCCCUGCAUCUCAUACCAAACAAACAAACAAAAAAAGAGCAACACUGCAAAUGGCAGUUGAUUUUUUUGUUUGUUUGUUUGAGUGGAAAAUGAGUCUACAACUUUACAUAAAAAUUCAGUUACAAAAGAGCAGAACUAUUUCCUUGUAUUUUACUAGUAAGACCUUUCCUCUUCUCUUUAGCAAGCACCAGUUCUAUCCCUGCUUGAGCACUAAUGUCCUUGCUUAACAAAUGGCUUUAAUACUGCUUUAGUAAGCAAACUUGCUACUAGCUAUUUUAAAACUGCUUCAUGGCUUUGUUUUCACACCUUUUAUCACAGUUUUUACUUCUGACUUUUGCUGGCAAUUCAUUUACACGUGUAACACAGGUUUUUUUUAACCAUCACUUAAGCUUUUAUAUCUUUUUUUUUUAAUCUGACAAAGGAGUUCUAAUGUGGUACACCUGCCUUGCUUGCUUAGUUACUGAUUUGACUAUGGAUGUCUGAAUUUGAAUGAAGAAUCCUCUCCCUUCCUUGCAUUUGGUAGUGCUCUCCUCCUACUGUUUAAAUGUUGCCUUUGGAAUAUGCUUGUAGAACAUCAGUAUGCAGUUGGAUCUGAAAUCCUACGAGCCCUUUGGGUGAAACGUGUAAUGCGUGUUUGAGCUGGGGCUUCACAGGCUGGCAGGAGGCAUCGCUGGGGGGCAGCUGCUGUUACUGACCUGUUCCUUCCGAGGUGAACAGGUCUACCCUGACACAAUACAGUGCCUGGUGGCCUUCAGAGGGUACUGUUGCUGACCUUGCUUUCAGGGCAUAGUAUGAAGGUUUCUGUUUGUUCUGCUUAAAAGUGAAAGCUGUUAAUGUAAGCAUCCAAACUGUCAGUUGCCUUCAUAUCUGCAGAAUUUGAAAUUAUUUCGUUUUUUGAAACAUCUCAGUAUGUUGAACUCCCAUUCCAGCUUGCUUCUUCCUGUCAAUAAGUCUUCUCAAAUAUUCCGUAUUAAAAUGUUUUGUUUUUUUUUUCCCUGUGAGGAUUAAGUUUAAGCGUAAUUCUUAGGGAACAGGCUAAGAAAUUGAGAGUUUUUUCCUAGGUCUUUCUUGACAUAGGUAUUACUAAGAAGUUAACAACUUGAAAAAAAAGAAGUCUUCAUUCUUCUUAGUACUCUGGUUGUCCAUUCAUUCUGAUUACCUGACACCAGUUCUCAAAAACACAAAACCAUGUUAGAGAUAUGCUGCGUUUGCUGGUUUGGAGUACCUUCCUUGUUACAGGAAGAGAAGCUCAGUGCAGUUCCUGCAGAGAAGUUUCAGCAUGACCCUCAUCGUCCAAAACAGGGCUUUGAUUGUUGCGUUACUACACAGUAAUACUUCUGUGGGCCGAUACUGAAGCCCACCUGAACUGAACUCUAGAUGACCAAACUUGAGGUAUGAAUCAAUACACUAUUUAGAAGAGCUAAGCACGCUUACAUUACCUGCUGCUAUCUACAAGUUUUCUUGAAACUGGACGAAAGAAUAUUAUUUCACUACUUUUCUCAUUAUUCUCUAGCCUUUGAAGCACCAGAAAACAGAGGUAGGAGAAACUGCAUUGCUUAACAAAAGCAGUUGACAGCCUUGUAAAUUUUCAUUUCAACUCCAUUACAGUAUUUGGAGUGGAAAUAAAAAUUCUUAACACACUAGAAAUUGUGUGCUAGCUGACUCCUGCAUGCAUUCUUAGUUCACCGCAGUUGAACAUGAGGACAUCAACCACCUACUAUCCAUGUAAGUAACAAGUGAACACAACUGAACAGGACUGUUGGCGCUACAGCAGGAAUUUGCUCAUGUGACUUACAUGAGAGUUGUUAAACCCCAUUUUCUGUCUUCCUUAUGAGAGGAAAACACAUGAGACAGUGAAAAGUAGGAAUCACUGCAAUGUGAUACAUGAGGAGUAAUUUAAAUAAAAUGCAAUUAAUAGCUAUGCCCACCGGCCACCCUGAUAAAGUGCUUACACGGUCCAGUUAAGUUAGUUGAAAGAGUUAGUUACUGAAUGUUGCAUAGUGGGAAAAGUUUGUUUACAUAUUCUGAACAUAUUUCCACAGGAUGGGGGGGAGAGAUGGGGAUGUUAGAAUUAAAGGCAGUGUUAAGUAUGCAAAAUGUUUACUAUGUAUGUAAAUGGGAUCCUGAUUAGUGACAGAUCAUGUGCAAAUUGACAAUACUCAAUUUAUUUUUGAAUGGCAAUAUAGAUUGUCAAGGUUGUGUAUAAUGAUAAUAAAUAUAUAAAACGCUACUUGAACCAUAAA